AGCAUGAAUAAAAAGAAUAUUAUUUUAUUAUAUAACUUUUUCUCUAUAUCUAAUAUAUAUUUAAAUGUAUGUUAUGGCUUUGCAUAAAGUUCGAUUUAUUUUAAUGCGCAAUACAAUUUAUUUGCAUAUUGCAUAAAGGUUUCAAAAAAAUGUGAUUAAUUUUUAUACUACAACAUUAAUAAUGGCGAGUAAGAAAGAUAUUACAGUGCACAAACCUAAUUCCUUAUAAGUGUUGUCUACAAUACAAAAAAUUAUACGAGGUUAAAAUAAUCUUAUCGUCUCAUCACCCUCCAUAAUCAAUAAUAAUCAUGGAGAAACAAAAAAGUCGACAGAAGAAAAAGAAAGACAAAAUGAUACCGCCCAGUCUAGAACAACAAAUACCAGAUGCUCCAACUUUAGAAGAAUUCGAGUGUCUUUUUGGAGAAUCUCCUACCAAUUAUCCUAAAGGCGAAUGUGUCGAAAACAUGGAAAGUGAGUUACAUUCAGCUGCUAUAGAUACAGAAAUUUAUGAAAAACAAGCUGCCGAAAAAGCUGCUUACGAGAUGGAAUAUAAUUUGUCUAUUGAAACCUCUGAGGUAUAUUCAGAAUCAUCUGUUUCAUAUGACGAAAUUGAUGGCAAACAUCUAGCAACUCCAAUGCAAGAUGCGGAUCCUUUGGAAGGAAAGAUAGAAGAAGUCAGAAUAGUAGUUUCAGAAAUUCGUUUGAUAGAUGUUCUUCCAACAGCACCUACUGCUGAAGAUCAAGAAGCUACUACGCUAACAUCAGAAGAGACAAUGUCUUCAUUCAGCAUUAAUUCGAAUAAAGUUUUAGUCGAGGAAGAAGAGAUCACAAAUGAGCCAGAAGUAUCUAAAGAUAAAACUAACACGAUACAAGCUGUUACUAAUGAUGUUAAACCAUUUACCGAAAAUCAGUUAAUAUCUCUUUAUAAUAAUCAAGAAUUAUCAUUGGUCGAUGCCUUUAUCGCAGAAUUUACAGAGAUACAAUUGAGAAGUCAUGCGAUUAAACAGCAACAUAAACUCUAUGAACUUCUUAUGAAUUAUCUUCGUGUUAGAAAUCAUCUGAUUAUAAAUUCACAUGAAUUAGAAAGAUUGAAAGAAAAUUGUAGAGAAACGCAAAAACAAUUAUGGUGUCUUGAUAAAGCUACUAUUACGGAAACUGGUGAAUGUCAAGAUGGAAAUCCUGUUAGUGCUAUUCAUGAAUAUUCUAUUGCUCAUUUUAAUCAGCAAGCAUUACAUAGCUUGUCACGUAAUUUAUCGGCUAUCAAAGACAUAUUAUAUAAUAUCCAAGCAUUAUAUUGUUACGAAGCAGAAGUACUGAGAUUACAAAUUGAACAUUAUAUCCAAAGAGUAUGCAUUUUUUGUAAGGAAUUUACAAACCUAUCAGUAAAUGCACCAGUUAAUUUAAUGCCAGUACAAACACCUUCACAAACAAUACCGCAGCUGGUCGAACUUAGAAUGUGUAUUACAAUAUUGUUCACUUUUCAACGAAAAAUUUUAAAGGAUGGAAAAUUUGUUACCGACGUCAGAGAUUGGCUUUCUAAAUUGAUAGCAGUUCUUUUAAGAGUAGCUACUUGGCAGGAUCAUUUAUUUUUAUUGAACCAUGUAUUGAGAUGUCCUGGAGGUGUUAUGAAUUGGGCACGUGGCUAUAUUCAAAUUCCAUUACCAUCUACAAAUGUAAUCGAAGUCUCUACGUCUCCAUUAAAUGAUCCAUAUCUUGACCAUAUGAUAGCCACGUUAGCUGUAAUUUUACUUCCAAUUAAAGAUCGUGAGAAGUUUCUAGAACAGGUACAAUUAUCAUUACAAGAUACAGCAAGUAACCCAGGUGAUACAAUCUGGGUCAUGCUGGAUGAAGGAGGCGAAGAAGAUGAAGACAUUGCUAAUUUUGGUGCAAAUUUAUACGAAAGCGAUCUUAUUUUUCUUUUGCAUCAAAUACCGUUCAAUAAAUUAUUUGAACAGAUACUUUUUAUACAAUAUCGAAAUGAUAAAUAUUAUCAAAACAAGAAUUUAAUUACCGAUCAUCACAUGAUACGAAUAUUCGCUUUUUCUACUGUUGUUGUGAGACUCGUAAAUAAAGGAUUAAAGACAUACGAUUCUCCACGGUAUAGACAGUUAGCUAAAAGAUUAAGUGCAUUAAUUAGAGACAUAGUUCAAUAUGUUAGCGAUCAGUGGGAAGCAUUUGAUAAGAAUCAAGUGACAGAUGCAUCAAUGUUGCUGAAAUUACAAACUGAAUAUGAUAGCUUUUUACUAAAAGCAACUCUUUCAAUAUUUUCCUCUCGACGAUUAGGUGCAUGGCAAUAUCUGGCAUCUAUUCCAUAUCAUAUUGUGUCAUUAACUACAUUAUGGCAAAUCUUUUAUACUUUACAUACUGACUCUACAUCAACAGAUAUAUAUAUGACCACUAUGACUAAUACGGAAUGGGAAAAAGAAUUAAAUUAUCCAGAUCUUCGUAAACAAUUUGAAGAAAAAUUAGGCAACAUGCCAGGAGAUGAAUCAUAUUUUUUAUUGACAACAUUUGCAAACAUGGCUAUGGCAAGAACCUUUGCAGAUUAUGAUUUUGUAAGAGCAGCUACUAUUGAUUUAUUUCAAAUAGGAUUUCUUAGUGAAAUAACACAAGAAUCUUGUUCAAAAGAUGCCAGAUCACUAUUAUCUAAUUUAACAAAUAAGCAUCCUACGCUUCUUUCAGAUAUAAUAUUAAAAUUGCGGGAUAAUUUUGGUUCCGUUGGAAAGUUAAGCCUAUAUUUGUUCACUGAAUUAAAAAUGGAUAAAUGGAUUCCACAAGAACAAGAUUUUCAAGUUCUUUCAUUUUGGUUACAUCAACAUUCAUUAGCAUCAACCGAAAGUCACUUAGCACGUUUAGUUCUUACUCAUCUCAAUUGGGGACUCGAAGGAAAUAAUUUGUAUCUUCCUAUUGAAAUACACCGACGUGUGGCACUUUUAAUUGUUGAAUUGGCCAUGAAAUACGUACCAGAUUCUCCUACACAGACUGCUUCUUUACUAGCAGAGGGAGUUAAACAGGUAUCAUCCAUAGUCAGACCACAAAAUAGUGAACAAGCAUUCACUUUAUGGGCAUGGGAAAUGUUAUCACGUUUGAGAUUACAUCAACUAGAUCAAUCUGAUGCACUUUCUCAGCGUGCAAUAUCAAAUCCUACUGUAGCAUUUUCUUAUUUGCCAAAUAUGGAAUCUGACUUAUUUUUGGAAAUUUUAAAUACAGGAGUGAGAGAAAAGCAACCGAUUGCAUGUUACGUAUCAGUAUUGAUGACAUUAUGGGGUCAUUCUAUACCCUUAAUUUGUUCCAAAGGGUUCAAUCAAUUACAAACGUUACAAUGCUAUUAUAAAUAUGAACAAGUAUUGAUAGCUUUGCAUCACAUUGUGCCAUUAUUUGUCGAUUGCCCUGAUUCAUUAUUUAAGAAUGAUAAAUUUUUAAGUCUCGUUAUUACAUUAAUUACGGCUGAUAGAACGUAUAUGAAAAUGGCCAAGAAUUUAAUUGCACCUGAGUUUCCUGGGCCAUUACUUAAACAAUUUUCAAGUAUGAUUGAAUCUCAUCUGUACAAGUAUAAAAGAUACUGCUUGCAUAGUCCUGCAAAGUUAAUGUAUUUAUGGUUGAAUGUACUUAUACUUGUACCAGACUGGAACAAAGACCAAAAUGUUUUAUAUCUAAUGGAUACAAUCAUUCGGGCCGUAUUUUUUCAUUUGGAUACAAGAUCAAUCAUGGAAAACAUAUUUCAAAGCUUAUAUUCACUUGCAUUAAAAGGAAACAAUGAGAAUAUAACAACAAAUCGAAAUCCAGGAUCAUUGGGUUCUUUUUUAAGUUGGGCAACUGGUUCUAAUAAUUCUUUAAGCCUUUUGGGUGGUUCGACACAAUCAAUAUGGGUUGCAUAUCAGGUCUUAUUAACCGAACAGUACGAAAGAGAAAUAAAAACAGGCUUAUGGCGUGAAAUUCUAAAAGAAUUAGCAUUACAAACUAAAAUAUCAUUAGACACUGCACUAAAGCGAGCCUGUGCAACAGUAAAAAUGCAAGCUUUUAAUGUUAAUGGAUUAGCUAUAUAUCGUUGGUCCCAACAAGCACUUAAUACUCCAAUCGAACAUCCUAUUCUUUCUCUUCUGUGGCAAAACUUUUUCACUCUAUUUUUAGCAAGAGUUCCUACAACUCCAGGAGGUACUGAUCAAGGUGGAGUGGGUGAAAAGUUUUUUGAAGGAAUGAUUAAUCUAAAUUAUUUGAAGAAACUAAAAAAACGAUUACACGAAAUAACUGAACAUUUUCAAUUGAAAGGAGAAAAAGGUGUUGAUAAUGGAAAACCUAUUACUGAUGAAAGAAGAAUAUUUUAUUUUAACUCUGCUAAAUUUUAUAAGACUUUAAGUUUGUGGUUAGAAGAACCAAGAUUGCAAGAAUCAGGUCUUUAUAUUCCAGCUUUGCCACCGCAAUACAUGUCGCAAAAAUUAAUAGUACUCAUGCAGGGAGACCAAAAUCCGUGGUUUGAGUAUGUUGAUUAUUGGUCAGUUCAACAAAGUCAAUUAGAAGCUGUGCAAGAGUGGGAACAAAUAUGUCUCCGGGAUCCAAAUAAUCAAUAUCAGAAAUCCUCUUUUGUACCACCUACUUUAUUAGAAAUUGCCGAUCCAUUGGAAAGAAUUUUUAAAAGAUUGAAUUCAUACGAACAACCAAUUUCACCGCCGUUAUUAAAUACAAACAAUAAUCUUAUUACUUCUGUAUCAAGAGAAAAUUUAUACUCUCCAGAAACAGUUAUAACGUUGAUCAAACCUCAUCUUAAAAUAAUUUUGGAUUAUGCACAAACUUAUAAUUUUUUGCUUUCCGAGCAUACAGCUAUAGAUUGUAGUUUCUUAGAGUUAAUACCUACACUUUAUCGAGAAGUUGAAAAUUGUAUUACAUUACAUGCUCUAUGUGAUCCUGCACCAGUACAUCAAAAGCGUGCUAGAUCAGGUGUACCACCAGUUGUUCAUUGCGCUGGUGCUGCAGUGAUUAGAAUUAAAGUUAUCGAAGCUCAUGUCAGCGAUGGUGUUGAUCAUAUGAUAUCUCAAAAUAGAGCAGAAUAUGAAAAUUUAUUAGUUAAAGCAAGUCAACCACCACCUAGUAAAAUUACACAGGGUUGUGUUUUUAUGGAUCAUUUAAUUGUUAUGCUCGAACACGAACUAAGUGUAAGUCGAAUUAGUGAAAAUACAGCAGUAUUGCAAAAAGUUCAAAAAAGCGGUGUUAAGUUAUUUUAUCACUUGGUGGAAUUUUAUACGGAAGAAGCAGCAUUGUGUCCACCAACUAAACAACUUAUUACAACCUGUUUAGAAAAACUUGGCCAGUUAUUUAUUAGCGGAGAAGAAAGUCAAGGACCAGAAUUGUUAAAAACAAUUAUGCAAAGACCAAAUCUUGGUGGAUUGCUUGGUCCUCACUUUACUCCAGUGGCUGGUGGUGCAUCAACAUUCUUACAAAUGUAUCAAACAGUUGUUGAAUUGUCUACUGGAAUAAAUGUAGACUUAUGUUUCGUAUUACUUUCUAAGUUUGACGUUGCAAGUUGGCUAAGCUACAGAAGACCAAGAUUAAGCGAACGAUCAACAUUCAUAGAGUUAAUUUCUAGAGCUCUAUCUAACAUCGGACUUAAUCCUGAAGAAGAAAAACUUAUAUUACAUGAGUUAUUUCGCAAUCAUCUGCGACUCAUUCUUCUACAUGAAUUUCCUGAACACUAUGGUGAAGUUCUUAGUACCAUAUUAAAAGGCAGUGAAAGCCAAACUUUGUCCUUAGAUGUAUGGCGUGAUUUAUUAGGUACUCUGAGUGGAAAAUCGAAAAGUUCUACUGUAAUACAUUUGUCAAAAAUUCGAGACGAAAUACGUCAUUAUGCUACAGAACAAAGACUUCUUUCUCGACAAGAAAUGCACGACACUGCAGUUUUACUUAGUAGACAUUUUAUGAAAGAACGUUUGCAAUAUGGUCUUUAUGGAUUAUAUCCAAAAUAUAGAGUCUAUAACGAUCCAUUAUCAGUAUUUUUGGGAAUGGUAGGACAUGCUCUUGUUGUCCUAACACUUCAAUCUGAUAGGGGCUCCUUGGCAGAUCAAUUAUGCGAAAAAAUUUGGCCUGUUUUAAGCGAAAUGUAUGCACCUUGGAUCACACCUUAUUGGACUAGAAAUUUAGGAGAACCAACUGCAGCAUGGAUCCAACAACUUACAGAUGAUAGAUCUGUUUUACUGCCAUGGAUUAUAACGGAUGGACCAUAUGCUAAUAGAAUUGUAUCGAUGUUUGUGGAAUGUGUUAGAUUUAUUAUUGACACAAUGCCAGCAUCCAACAAGAUAUUAUCUUUCGUCUGGCAUUUCUAUGUUACUAAUUUUGCUCAUCCUUCAAUCAAAGAUCACAUAUUAAAUGUAAUACACGGUAAUUUCUUAUCGCUCCCAUGGGAUCGGUUCUGUCCUAGUAUUGGUGAUGUCGAGCUAAUGAUUAAAGUAGUUGAUCAGUAUCUACCAGAUAGUCAUCUAUUUCUUGGAAGUGUAUUUACUUGUAUCAAUUGGUCGUCAUGGAUAAAUGAGUCAUUAACUACUUUUCCUUUGGCCAUUGUUGCUAGAAUGCAUAUAUGUUUAUUGAACUUAAUUGUUAAAUUAUCAAAUGAACCAAAUGUAAGACAGAAUGAAAAAGCAGUACAAUUAAUUGUACAAGCAGUAACAUUUUCAUGGCAUUUGGUUGAUGCAGCUGCUUAUGAUCAAGUAAUUAACUGGCACGUAAUGAGUUGUGAUCCUAGAGUUAUUCUUUCUCUAGACUGUGAACAAAUUCAUCCUAUAGAUAUAGCUUUGAAUAAUCUAUUAAAGAUAGUCGCAGCUUAUGAUCCCAGUGUAGCGUAUUAUCAUCCAACUACAUUAAAAAAGAGACAAAUAUAUGUACGCUCUUCAGUAAAAUUAUUAAUCAAUUGUACAACUAGAUAUAAAUCACUAUUAUCCACGAAUUCUAAAGCUUUUACAACUACGUUGUCUCGUAUGUUGGAUGAAAUGGAAGCUGUUAUUGAUACUGUUUCAGAAACCCAACAAAUUCCAGAAGCAGGUUUAUUAGUAACCGAAUUUCUUCAUUCUAUAAACCAAAGUGGACCAUUAAAUGAUUAUCUUCGAACUAGUUGGACAACUUGGUUGUUGCAAAGAUCUGCCAGUAGUCCAGUACUCAUGGGUGUACUUAAAGUUAUAGGUGUAACGAUUGCUUCUUCAUCUACAUUAGGAGAACUUAUGGAAGCUGCUUUAGAAGCUUAUUUUAAAUACACUGUAAUUUCCGAAGAUGGUAGACCAACAUGGGCUGCAGUUUUAACAAUUUUACAACCCGUUGUACCAAGACAGCCUCCUCUGGAAUCAGUAUUAGUUUCAGAAGGAAGACUUUUAGUUCUUUAUUCUGUAUUGUUGAAAAGACUUCCUUCAUGUAGAGAUAUCAGAGAAGAAGGCAUGCUUCUUAUCAAUUUAAUUGACUGGAUUACCGCUAUCAAGACUACGGAUAUAAUGGAAGAAAAAUUACCAUUAUUAUGGGGAAAAGCAUGCGAAUUAGCCUACAGGCAAUGUCAAUACAGUGAAAAUACUGUAAUCGCUGCUAGAGCUUUAAAAGGACUAGCACGCGCAUUGCUUACGAUGGCUGAUGAUGCUGGACAAGGAUGGGGUCUUUUAGGGGCUAUUGGGCUCAGAAAAAGUUCUCAGCUUUCUAUUAGCACAGCUUCCAGAAUCAAAAUAUGAACAUCAAAUAGUAAGAUUUACGUCUCAUUCCCCUGGUGUCGCGCCCUCAAGGUCACCUGAUUUAGAUACUGCAGAAAUUCGACCUAGUGUAGAAGCCAUCAAAGCUAUGCAAAGUUUAGAAGGUCUUUUAAUUAACAAGCAGUAUUUAGAGCUUAAAUGUGACAUAGAACGGUCGAUUAGACUGAUUAGAGAUUCUGCUAAUUCAUUGCACAACGCUGUAGUUAUAGUAGGUGCAUUGACAGGAGAAUUAUAUCAUCAAAGAUAUCUUCACGUUUUAACAGAAUAAUAUGUUCUUCUUGCACAAAAUUUACUGAAAAUCUUUGUUUGAAAUUAUCAAUGUUAUUUCUUACUACAUCGAUAUUUUGCAUAUUUACAUGACAUAAUGAGGCUUGAAUAAUCUAGUCAAAUAUUUUAUCAAUUGAACAUAUCUUGUGUUACUAUUAUCGAUUAAUUUAAUUAAAAUAUUUCUCUUAUAUUUAAAAAUUGACUAACAAUUUUAAAGAAUAUUCUUCUUGCUGCGUAGAGCUGCAUCUGUUAUUUAAGAUUCCUUAAUAUGUUUACUUUAACGAUUUAACAUACAUUAUAAUGUAAAAUUCAGAAAUAUCUGUUAUUUUAACAUUCAUUUCCAUCAUAUAAUUAUAAGUUUAAUAAUAAAUCAAUGGAUAUUUAUAUAAUGUGAUUAAUUAUAUUUGAUUUAAUGAUAUAUCUCAUAAUUAAUAUAAAACUAUAUUUACUUUUAAAAUAGAAAUUUCUUGUAAAUUUCAUAAAAAAUGUAAUUUAUUAUUAAAUAUUGUAAAUACAUUGUGUUUUUAAGAUAA